AUGUGGUCGCUCAAGAACUUGGGUGACAAGGUUUCCAGCACGCUACAGGAGCUAGAGAGCUCGCUGCAGCAACAAGCUCUCGCGGCGCAGCAACAGCGUCAAGCUCAAUCCACUGCCUCGCCUGGCUCUGAACGUGCAUCUGCAGACAAACCUGCUUCUCCCUCUGUCACGCCACAUAAGCAGCCGACCGCCAAGCCGGUCCAAGCGACUGCGUCUCCCACGAGCAGAGCGCCAUCAUUGAAUAGUUCAUCUGCUCGGCUAGCAUCGAGGCUACAGACUUCUUUGAGCUCAAAAGCAGCGCUACCUGGCUCAACUGCGUCACCCACGACCUCCUCUCUGCUCGCUUCCGGCAGCAGUACACCAGAUGUCAAGACGACCGAGAAGAGCGCGCCUGUCGCGCACGAUGAGACUAAGCUCGAUCUGCCUGCAGUAGACGAACAGCUUGCGAGCGCAAAGGAAGCAAUCACCGACGAGGCCAAAGCGACCAUCGAUACCUCUUCAGCAUCAGCUGUCGAUGGAAAGACAGUCUCUGCGGAAGGCGGUAUUGUGCCCGUCGAUGAUGCUGUCACGCUGCAGUCAGAGCCAACCAUCCCUGCAGACAGUGCUCUCAUCGCGCCGGAGCCAGUGUCCGCGCCAUUAGCUUCGGACGUGCCGUCUGAAAGCACGGAAGUUGUGGCCGACGUUGUGUCUCAACCUGGGGUCGAUAAGCCAGGAAAACCAGCCCCCAGCGUGCGCGCGGUAUCGGAGGAAACCGCACCUUUAGCCACGGUAGAGGAUCCCAAAGCUAUCAUCCCGGCGAACAUAUCCACAGAAAAUACUGCAGCGGUAGCGAGCGCAGAUCUGGCAUCAGCGGAAGCGACACCGCUUGCUGCAGAGACAGAAACGCCUAAUGGGAAGCCAGUAAAGACCAGCCCAGAGAUCAACCCGGCAGAGCCAGAAACAGUAGAAACGGUGAUAACAGAAACAAAGGAGAACGACAUCCAAGCUCGAACGUCAAUGGAGCCGGAACCAGUUGAAGAGCCUGCUGUACCCUCACAGCCCGUGCCGAACGGCAAUGUAUCGCUUGAGGACGGUCAGCCGACAGCGGAUACUACUGCACUCCUCAGCCGCUCGGAGACCUCCACUUCGCCCGCGAGGAUACCGUCGAGAGUGAUGGAAUCGCUGCCGCCUGUGCCUACGGACGGCGCUGUACCAUCGAUAGACAGCACAGUGCACGCAACGAUCGACCAAGCCGCGAAUGACCCAUCCAACGAAGAGCAGAGCAAGCCAGCAGAUCGCCUAGCAGAUGUCAUGCUGGCCUACAAGCGUCUACAGAAAGAGAAGAUAGCCGCCGAUCGGGUACUUCAGCAACAUACGCCGCUCACAAGCAUCUCAGAUCCAGAUGCGAUGAGCGGUCAUUUGCAGAACCUCAUCUUGCGCGCGGAUAUGUCAUUCGGCGAGCUGAAACGCGUGACUGCACAGCUUGACCAAGUAAAGGGCAGGAUGGAAGAGAUGAGUAGCACGCAUAGGAUGGAGCGACAGUCACAGUCUGCUCAAAUCGAUCAGCUGAAGCAGCAGCUCGAGCAAAAGGAUGCAUCCAUCACCGCUUUGACUGAAGCCCAGACAAAGCAAGAUAGAGUGGCAAAGGAAGGCGAGGGCAGCAAGGCGGAAAUCUCAAAGCUGCAGAAGUCGCUCGAGGAAUCUCAGAAGACGGCCAAGGAGGAAGAGGAAAAAAGAACCAAAGCCAUGAAUCUACUGAAGCAGAUCAGGCAGAAGAUGCUCAAAGCAGAGAAGGACAAGACUGACGUGGAGAAGGAGCGCGAUGAAGUCAAGGGACAAGUGAGGAUCAGCCAGGCAAACCUCGUCAACGAAAAGAUCAAGAUGGAACAGGAAGUCUUGGCCCUGCGUGCGCAAUCGGAACAGCAAGUGUCGAGACUACGAGCGUCUUUCGAGCGGGAGCACCAAUCUGUCAAACAGCAGCUGGAGCGAGAAGCAGCCGCACAACGCGGACAAGCAGAGCUUGACAUCACCACCCUCAAAAUGGCACAUACGAAGGAAUUGGCCACCAAGACGGCAAGGAUACAGCAGCUCGAGAGUCUGCUCGCGGAAGCGACAACAGCAAAGGAUGCAAUCUUUGACGAGCUGCAGCUUCGUCAAGCAGAGACAGAAUCGUCGGGCGAACGACGAGAUGCCCUCGAGUCGCGCACAAAAGAGAUGGAGUAUGAGCUGGAAAGCGCGCGCGAACGUAUGGAGUCCUUGCAAAGCCAGGUCGACGAAGCUCGACAAGCGCAGAACACACGUAGCUCGGACGGAGCGCAGCAUCUGCGUAAAGCCGCCGAUAUCGAAGCGCGUCACCUCAUCAAGGUCGCUGCCCUAGAAACGCAAAUCACGCGACUCGAAAGGGACCGCGCGGAUGCUGAAGAAGAGAUGGCUGGACGCUUGCAAGAACGAUUACGAGAGACAGACCGAUUGCGGCAGGAGAUCGCUCGGCGCGAUGCAUACUCUGUCGAAAGCGAGCAGACGCGGCGCGAAAGACAAACGGCGCACGAAGAGACAGAAGAAAAGCUGCGCCAAGCAAUUGCGCGCUCUCAAUCGUUCGAGCAGCAUACAGUGAAGCUACGGCAAGAUGCUCAGACUGCCAUCGAGAAGGAAGGCAGACUCCGACAGGACAUGCGCCAUCUCGACGAGCGUAUCUCGGAUCUCGACGUGAGAUUAGAAGACGCCCAGCAGCGCGAAUGUACACUCAAGCAACAGAACAAAAGCUUACGAGACGAGCUACGAAAGGUGCAAUCGGGCAUUAUGCUCGCAGAGAAGCAGCGCAAUCCCGGCGUUGGAUACUUUACUACCUUCUCGCAGUCGCAAUCAGCACGGGAUCCGGCAGAUUCUGUGUCUGGCUCACAGGCGAGCGUCGCCGGCUCGCCUGGGCCCAGAUCACCUAACAAAGCAGAAGAAGCGCUCAAUUUCGAGUAUGUCAGGAAUGUGAUACUGCAAUUUCUCGAACACAAAGAAAUGCGACCUCAUCUCCUGAGCGUGCUCGGCACGAUUCUGCACUUCACGCCACAGGAAGCAAGACGACUUGCCGCCAAAGCAUCGGCGUAG